GAUUAAAAUUAAAAACUUUGUAAGGAGAAAAUGAGAAAAAGAGAAGUCCAAGAAUGUGCGGUUGAAGUCUGCACCAAGCGACAAACUGGAUAAACUGUGGUCGUCGCUCAUGAAACCUUCCUCAUGGCCGCCGCAUCCGCCGCCUUCCACCACCACUCUAGUCGCUGCUGCUUCCUCUCCGACGUAUCCAAAGUGGCACUGAUUACUAGGAAACACAGACCAUUUCUGUUUACUUUUACAGAAAGAUCACGCCUUUACCAGCUUUCUUGCUUUUCUUCUUCUUCUUCUUCCACUUCGCCGCCGCCGCCUCCGCGGUUGCCGGAAUUAACUUCCACAGCUUCGACGGCCGAGUCUUGCGUCAAUCUGGGCCUUUCCCUCUUUUCCAAAGGACGGGUGAAAGAUGCUUUGGAGCAGUUUGAUUCAGCACUAACUUUAGAGCCUAAUCCAUUUGAAGCUCAAGCUGCACUUUAUAAUAAAGCUUGCUGUCACGCAUACAGAGGGGAAGGUAAAAAAGCAGCUGAUUGUUUGCGCCUUGCUUUGAAACAAUAUGAACUCAAGUUUAGCACAAUCCUAAAUGAUCCUGACUUGGCUUCUUUCAGAGCAUUACCUGAAUUUAAAGAAUUGCAAGAAGAGGCUAGGCUAGGUGGAGAGGAUAUUGGGUACAGUUUCAGAAGAGACCUCAAGCUCAUAAGUGAGGUCCAAGCUCCAUUUCGAGGGGUUAGAAAAUUCUUUUAUGUUGCAUUUACUGCUGCGGCUGGAAUAUCUUUGUUUUUCACUAUACCAAUGCUAAUUCGUGCACUCCAAGGUGGAGAUGGUGCUCCCGAUGUUUGGGAGACCUUAGGAAAUGCUGCAAUCAAUAUUGGCGGUAUUGUUGUGUUUAUGGCUUUGUUCUUGUGGGACAGCAAGAAAGAGGAAGAACAACUUGCACAGAUAACUAGGGAUGAAACACUAUCAAGGCUUCCCGUUCGCCUUUCAACUGAUAGGAUUGUCAAACUUGUCCAAUUACGCAACACUGUGAGACCUGUUAUUUUGGCCGGGAAGAAAGAAACAGUUGCUCUGUCCAUGAAAAAAGCUGAGAGGUUCCGCAGUGAGCUACUCCGGCGAGGCGUCCUUCUGGUUCCGGUUAUAUGGGGUGAAGGACGGGUGCCACAGACACAGAAAAAAGGCUUUGGUCUUUCUCCAAAAACAGCCUCUUCGCUGCCUUCUAUCGGAGAAGAUUUUGAGAAGCGAAGCAAGUCGAUAAUUGCACAAUCAAAAUUAAAAGCAGAGAUUCGGUUCAAGGCAGAGGCGGUGCCACCAGUUGAGUGGGAAAGGUGGAUUAGAGAACAGCAGAAGUCUGAAGCUGGUGUUACGCCCGGUGAAGAUGUAUAUAUUCUGCUUCGUUUGGAUGGUCGCGUCCGAAGAUCUGGAAAGGGGAUGCCUGACUGGGGACAGAUUGUCAAGGAGUUGCCUGAAAUGGAAGCACUAUUAAGCAAGCUUGAAAGAUAAACAGUAAAUAGUUUAUUCAUUGCCUGAGGGAACCAUUACUCUGCUGUAUUUACAAAUCUGCCCCUUGGGUUGGAAUUUUAAUUAUUGUUUGGUUUCGUUUGUUUAAGAAAUGUAGCCAUCAGUUUUACUCGAACCAAACAAGUGAAAAAACAACGAAAUACAUCGUGCUUUUUUUU